AUGGACAUUAUAGCACAUUUAACCCAAGCCUGCCUCGGACUCUGUGCCCACUUAUCUCCACAACCUCCUGAUACCACAAGUCAUUUCCCUUAUACCCACUACCCUCCUGCCCAUUACUUCCUGAUACCAACAUCCCCCCCCCCUGUAUCCACUACUUCUUAUACAACCUCCACUUAUACCCACUACCUCUCAUACCCCCCAACUAACCCCCCCACCCCUUAUACCCACUAUACCCCUACCCAGAGCCUCCUUAUAGCUAGCCCCCUGAUACCCAAUAACCCUCCCCUCAUACCCACCAACUACCCUCAUCCCCACGACUCCCUGAUACCCAACUACACCCCCCCCUACCCACAAGCCUCCUUAUACCUAGCUCCCUGA